CGGUGCGGGGGCCGCCUCCAGCGGAGUGGGGAGGCGGGGAGGCGGUCACCGGCUCCGCCCCGCUCCCCUCUGACCCGGUGUCUCGUCUCUCCGUCUUCCUGUUCCAAACCACGUGGACGCGCCGGGGGCUGCGGGAGGGAAUCCUGGUCGCCACCGUUGCUGUCGUCGCCGCCGCCGGGGUCGCCGCCCCCGCGUCCGUCCGAAGUCACCGCGCCCCUGCCGCUCGUACCUUUGUGGAGGGCGCGCACAUGGCGACCCAGGCGCACUCCCUCAGCUACGCGGGCUGCAACUUCUUGCGCCAGCGUCUGGUCCUGUCCACUCUGAGCGGGCGCCCCGUCAAAAUCCGAAAGAUUCGCGCCAGAGACGACAACCCGGGCCUCCGAGAUUUUGAAGCCAGCUUCAUAAGGCUUUUGGACAAAAUAACUAAUGGUUCUCGAAUCGAAAUAAACCAAACAGGAACAACCUUAUAUUAUCAGCCUGGCCUCCUAUAUGGUGGAUCUGUGGAACAUGACUGUAGUGUCCUUCGCAGCAUUGGCUAUUACCUGGAGAGUCUUCUUUGCCUGGCUCCAUUUAUGAAGCACCCGUUAAGAAUAGUUCUGCGAGGAGUGACCAAUGACCAGGUUGACCCUUCGGUUGACGUUCUUAGGGCAACAGCCCUCCCUCUAUUGAAACAGUUUGGGAUCGAUGGUGAAUCGUUUGAGCUAAAGAUUGUGCGACGGGGAAUGCCGCCUGGAGGAGGAGGUGAAGUGUUUUUCUCAUGUCCUGUAAGGAAGGUCCUGAAGCCCAUCCAGCUCACAGAUCCAGGAAAAAUCAAACGUAUCAGAGGAAUGGCGUACUCUGUACGUGUAUCACCUCAGAUGGCGAACCGGAUUGUAGAUUCUGCAAGGAGCAUCCUCAACAAGUUUAUACCUGAUAUCUAUAUUUACACAGACCACAUGAAAGGAGUCAACUCUGGGAAAUCUCCAGGCUUUGGGUUGUCACUGGUUGCUGAGACCACCAAUGGCACCUUCCUCAGUGCUGAACUGGCCUCCAACCCCCAGGGCCAAGGAACAGCGGUGCUUCCAGAGGACCUCGGUAGAAACUGUGCGAGGCUGCUGCUUGAAGAAAUCUAUAGGGGUGGAUGUGUGGACUCGACCAACCAAAGCCUGGCUCUGUUGCUCAUGACCCUUGGACAGCAGGACGUUUCCAAAGUCCUGUUAGGACCGCUCUCUCCCUACACGAUAGAGUUUUUGCGGCAUUUGAAGAGCUUUUUCCAGAUUAUGUUUAAAAUUGAAACCCGGCCAUGUGGUGAAGAACUCAAGGGUGGGGAUAAAGUGCUGAUGACCUGUGUUGGCAUUGGCUUCUCCAACCUUAGCAAGACCCUCAAGUGAUACUGUCACAAGAUAAGGCCUCAGUGCUUACAAAGCACAAGCUGCCACGGACACCAAAUGGACCAAGCCCAAAUUCAUCCAGGACAGGAUAACCUCUUAUAUUAAGGACUUAUUAAUUUUACUUAAAAAAAAGCAGAAUAUCCAAAUAAAAGACAUCUCUAUAUCAUGUGGUUUCCAGCCAUUUCUCCACUGUCAUUGACAUUCCUCAGGAGGCCCAGCGAUGACGAGCGCUCCCUUGGCUUACCUGGACGAAGAGUUUUGCCUUCAGGACACAGUUGUGCUGCUAGAACAACAUGACAGCUGAUUUCAGCAGUGCUUCCUCAGCCCACACCCCGGGCUUCUGUCAUAUGGCCAUUUUCCAGACCUCUGGAGACUGUUAACUGUUCUUUCUGCAAGGACUGACCUCUUUGAGCCUCAAUUUCUGUGUAAGGAUUAAAUGAAGAUAAUGUGGGUGGAAGCUCUUUAUGAGUAGUGCAGUGCUAUGCAAGUGUCAGAGAUUGGUAUAUUAGACUGUUUUAUCCUUUGUCUUCUGAAGGGACUGCUAUCUUGGAGACAGAUAGUGCUCCCUGUCUGGUUCAUUCUGUGUGUAUGUAGGGGGAUAAGUGUCUGGGGAGGGCAGGGCUCCAAUUAAAGUUAUUGGAUGUUUUCUAUAUCCCAGG